AUGGAAGAUAUAGCGGAGACUCUCCGAGCCCUUGGUACCUCCCUAUUCCCCCCUGCAAACGAAACCCUCAUCUGAUCAAGUCCAAACUCCAGGCUUUUACGAACGCUACUCCACAACCCGCCACACCUUGAACCUCUACAACAACAUCGGGCUGACAGCGCACUACACCCUCCCCCCAGCACUUUUAACGAAGCCACGGAUCUUCUCCGCUCUAAAGGCUCUGAUAAAUCUCCACCCGCCGCUGGCCGUGACAAUCCUAGGGGAGAACACGAGUGAGCCGCGGUUCGCGCGAUUGAAGAGUAUCGACCUGGAAGAGGUCGUGCAGACGAUACUGCUGCCGGGUGAGGACACGGCCGCUGAGCUCGACACCGUGCUUUCGGAGCAGCAUUCACAAGGUUUCGAAUUGGGCAGGGUACCCGGGUGGAAGUGCUUGAUUCUUCGAAAUUACGAGGAUGAGGUUGGUGAUGUAGCUUCAGGAGCGGUGGGAGGAGGAGGGAAUGGGAGAGUCUGGAUAUCGUUCAUAUACCACCACUCCAUAGCCGACGGCGUCAGUGGAUUAGCCCUGCACAGAUCGCUCCUCAGCGCACUCUCCCGACCUCACAAGAAUCCCACCUUUGCCGGCCGCUAUGUCGUCCACCCGCAGCGAAAAGCCUACCCCUCCUCCCUUGAAUCGCUGAUCCCCCUCCCGCUCUCCCUCCCACGCAUCGUCUCGGAGGUCUGGUCCAAGGUAUACUUCCCGCCUCCUCCGCCCCCAACACUCUACACCGGCAGUCCCACACCCACCUGCCCAACCCCCGCAACCACAAGAACAAUCUACAAAUCCCUCCACUUCGCCGCGAAAACCCUCAAAGUACUACUCUCUGUCUCCCGCAGGGAGAACACCACCAUCACUUCCCUCCUUACCGCAAUCAUCGCCACGGCAACCUUCCAAGCGAUACCGGGGAAGUUUGACAAACUCACCUCAUCGACGCCGAUCAACCUCCGUCGUUACGUGCCCACCGAGAAAAUCCAAGAAGCAGCCAUAGGCGCAUACGUCGCCAGUCUCCAAUCAGAAUUCUCACGCUCCCCCCCUACACCCUCCAACCUAUUCUCCAUCGCGCGCGAGCACACAGCGCAGAUCAACGACCGCCUAGAUGCCGGCACGGCGGACCUGAACGUGGGCAUGCUGCGCUGGGUCAGCGACUUUUUCGCCUUCUUCAAAGGCAAGCUCGGCAGGCAGCGGGAAGACAGCUUCGCCGUGAGCAAUGUUGGCGCCUGGGAUGGCGAGGCGGGCGUCGACAGAGUAGUAUUCUCCCAGAGCGGGGGAGUCGUCGGCCCCGCCAUGGAGUGGUGCGUUGUUGGCGUUAGGGGCGGCGGGUUGGUCCUUGGCUGUACCGGGUGCGAAGGUGCUGUGGAGGCCCGCGUGCUCGAGAGGGUUUUGGAGGGUGUUAGGAAGGGUGUUGAGGGUGUCGAAUGA